ACUGUAACACAACAGGAAGUGCAUUCUACUCCUGUUUAUUUUCAUGUUCUCUCAAAGAUCCCUGCUUGCAACGAAUAAUAAUAAAACUGGCUAAAAAUAACCAGAGCUAGACAACUUCCACGGUUAGGCCGUCCAGCAGUAUCACAGCACCUAGCAUUAGCCUCUCGAUUGGACGGGAUCGUUACACUGGGAUGGGCGUUGCCCUGGUGACGUCACCACAAUACUAGGCGCUGACUGACACGUACGGCGUUAGAAAAAACAACAGUACAGCAAAACUAAGUGUAAAGCAGGAAGAAGAAAGCGGGUCAAAACGCAACCUGAGUGGAGAGGGGAGGCGAGUGCCGCUGCGAAUAACCUUAAUAUCCCAGAAGAGCUCUGCACAGAUCAGUCCUGGGCUCCAACAUGAACGUGUUUGACCGCAACAUCAAUUUUGAUGCUCUCUUCAAGUUCUCCCAGAUCCCCCAUUCCACCCAGGUGCACUUGAAGAAUGUUUACUCCAGCUUGGCAGUGUGUAUGUUUGUGGCCGCAGCUGGCGCAUACGUCCAUGUUGUCACUCGGCUCUUCCAGGGAGGCGUGCUCUCUUUGCUGGGUUCCCUGGGGAUGAUGUUCUGGUUGGCCAUGACUCCACACAACUCUGACACAGAGAAGAAGAGACUGGCUAUCCUCGCUGGAUUUGCCUUCUUCACAGGUGUUGGCCUCGGCCCCGCGAUGGACUUUGUCAUUGCCAUCAAUCCAAGCAUCAUUGUCACAGCUUUCUUGGGAACCUCCAUGAUUUUCAUCUGCUUCACACUCAGCGCUCUCUAUGCCAAACGCAGGAGCUACCUCUUCCUGGGAGGCACUCUGAUGUCUGGUCUGUCCAUCCUGUUCCUGAUGUCUGUGAUGAACAUGUUCUUUGGAUCUGUGAUGCUGUUCAAGGCACACAUGUACCUUGGGCUGAUCAUCAUGUGCGGGUUCGUCCUGUUUGACACCCAGCUCAUCAUUGAGAAAGCAGAGAACGGAGACAAGGACUAUAUCUGGCAUUGCGUGGACCUCUUCCUUGAUUUUGUCACCAUCUUCAGGAAACUGAUGGUCAUCCUUGCCAUGAAUGAGAAGGACAAGAAGAAAGAAAAGAAGUAAGAGGAAGAACAUUUUAAUAAGUUGUCUGAAAAUUAAAAACAAUCUGUGAGGCAAGGCACAAUUUGCAGCGCUGUUGGUAUUUUCACUUUCUGUCUUCAUUUCUUGAAUUAACUCCUAUGUGGUCUUAUAUUAUUGAAGUUUCUUUGAUUUUUAACUUACAAUAAGGGUUGAAUGUAAGUUUAUGGUAAACUAAUGCUAGUCCUAUUUUGGCUGUGAAUGGAAAAUAGACUAAUGCUGCAGUGAUCGUGCUUGGCCAAUAGAGGGGAGCGUUGUCCUAUAAAGGCCCCCAGAAGCUGAGCAGCAUUUACCAGGGUUUUCAUAUUAUUGUUAUUUAGUGCCAUAAAAUAAUUACAUAAUAGGCUCCUUUAGCAGGUCUUGUGAGCUUCUGAGACUGAUUGUUGUUUUAAUUUGAAGUUAUGUAACCUGAUCCAUUGAUUUGCCUAUUUAUACAGUUCUCCUCAAAUCUCUUAAGUGCAGUGUCACAAGAUAUGGGGUCCCAUGAUACUGGCAACACAUCCCCUUUGAGAGAUUCCCCUUGUAAUUAUUUAUUCCUAUAUAAUUAUGUUGUUGACCAACGUUUCGGGGGCAGGAAUGGUGAAGCCAAACCACGAAUGCUAAUGAGACCCAUGUGAUGAGCUUCGCUAACUCAUUCAGACGGACUUAAAAGCCACUCGGUGGUCAGGAUAUUGGGCUUUGGCUGGUGUCGGAGGAAGAGUUAUUGCCAUCUGUCCACAUUUUCAGCCUGGAUAGCCAAGACAAGCAAGCAUUCAGAUUGCUCCCAUUGUAAAUUCAGAAAACGGUCUAAAAUAUUGGUAUUCUAGAAAUUAGUUUGCCAAAUCAUGUGAUGUUAACCUUAAAUUUUUUUGAAAGUGUAUACUGUGAAGAACUUAUUUUAUUGAUGUAUGACUGAAAAUCUAAUAAUUUGAUACAUUUGCUCAAAUAAAUUCGUUGAACGUGAUCAACCAAA